CAAGGUAGCUUUCUGCUAGCACAGAGAGCAGAUCCCAGCUAGGGAGAAGGAGGAAACAACCUCAUGCUGAGCCGAACUAAAGAGAAGAAAAUUCCCUGAACUCGUGGAAAAUCUCCAUCUGACGAAAUGCCAUCCAGAAAAAAAACCACCACGUUUGCAUCUGCUUUUUUUACCUGUGUUUGCUCUUUUGUGAUGAUUUGUGUUGUUCUGGCGACACAGCACUGGAUAAGUAGUGAGGUUGGCUUUUCUCAAACAAACUCCAGUGUUACCGUCAGCCUCACCUACGGACUUUUUAGCGGUACCUGCGAACAGUUUGUGGAUGCGGGACUUCAUGUUUCAGAAAAGACUUUCCAAGUUGCAGAUAACCUGAGUAACACCAAGGCAAAAAGUGUCAUCACCGCAAUUAUUGUCAUUCUGGUUCUUGGUUUGCUGAGUUCCCUUCUGAGUUCUGGAUUUACCUGCACUAAUGCUGUCAGUAAUCCCUACCAGACAUUUUUGGGACCAAUUGGAGUCUAUACCUGGAACUCCUUAUGCGGGAUCUUUGUACUUAUAAGCAUGAUACUUUUUCCUGUGAACAUCGAAGGGAAUGGUCUGUCUAUAGAACUGGCCCAUGGAUGUUUUUCUUUACUGCAGACACAUAUAAAAUCUGCACACACUUACGGAUAUUCAUAUUGGAUCAUGCUGCUCAUCAUUUUACUGAACAUUGCUUCUAUCAUCAUCAUAUAUUUCUAUGACCAUGCAAGAUAUUCUAAGAAGAAAGAACAGGAAAGACCCAUUGAAAAUGCACCAAAAGACGUCAUUCUGUUUUAAGGAUGCCUACUGAAGAGGAAACCAACUAUUUAAUGUGGACAAUUGCAGCUAAUCUUUUCCAUUAAAAUCGAACUUCUAUUUAUAGAUCAAUUAACAAAAUAGCCUAGUAGGUCUUCAAAGCAUUUUGAUUUUAUCUUUAUAUUAGGUAUUUGUGUAUUACUUUAUAAGCAUGAUGCCAGCACUGUCCUGUAGGAAUAGAUCUCAUGCAAUUUACCUCAUGCUCUUCCCCAGAGACAUCACUGUGAAAGUAGACUCCUAGAAGAGGUUCCUCCCCUCCAUACAACUACCAUCACCUUUAAAAGCAGGCUGCCACCCUCUUACCUAUGCAGUACAGAGGGUCUGGUCCCCACCUUCUGCUUUCUGGACUUCUCUGGACCACAGGACAGUCUUGCAGCGGCUGCCCCAGUUUUGCACAGGGUUGUACCAACAUCGGCAUCUAUGAAUGUAUUUUUGCUUCCCCUUUUGGGUCCAAAUGGGAAGAUCAGAGACAUUGUUUUGUUUGCAUAUCUAAGCUGCGUAUCUCAAGGAGCAGAAACAGUGCAAAUACUAGGAACUCUGGAGAUGAUGAAAAAUGGUCACCGAGCUAUUGGUGCUUCAUUUUGUUCUGAAAUUGCUACCGCUGUCCUUUCCCUGCUUAGGGUUCAUUUCCCGCAAGUCCCUAUGCCUUGAUGCCCACGCCCACCCGCAGGCUCGUGUUCAUGAACAGGAGUGUGAGCACUCGGACAAAGUUGCUUGCAGUCAGUUGCCUUCACAUCAAAACACCUAACAGCAACAGCAGGGAUCCCAUCUGUACUUCCUUUGCUCAGUGCUUUUGUCCAUGGCUGUGGUGGCACACAGGGCAGCAGGAGCAAGAGGAUGGGUCAUGGACUACAGAAGACGGUAUAGGAGCCCAGUAUCUGCAAGUUAUUCAUUAGUAUAAACAUUAGCAAGAUCCUGGUUUAGGCUAUUUUUAGACCUUGAUUACUGUCCACAGUAAAUGGCAAAGCUGCACCCUGAGCAGGUGUGGCCGCUGCUUUCCCACCGCCUACACCAGCCUGUCAUCUUGUCAACACAAAUGCCGAAUAGUGGGCUUUAUUAGUGAGGGUUUAUAGACAUUCUAUCCCUGUGCUCGGUUUAAUUAGUGUUUAAUAUGCACACAGAGACACACAACUGUAGAAAUACACAGAAAUGGGGAGCUCCCUUCUUGCCCUCCUAAGGGAAUGUGAGCAGACAAAUGUCACCUUGGGACAGAUGCCAUCGCGCGAAAUCAUGCUUCAAGAGAAGUGCACCAUGCAAAAUGGUGAUCAGCACCUUCUGCUCCUUUGCUCCCUGCCUCUGCAGCUGGCAGAACAAUUUUUUUAUUGCAUAUUUUUCCUUUACACUGCAAUUUCCCGGUGAUGCUUGACAGCUGUUCUAGAAUGCAAGAGAUUCUUAUGGAGAAAGAAAAAGCAUUUCUGAAGAGAAGACGAGAGGAUACAGGAGGUGACUUUUCCCUAUUUAUGUAAAAAAGUAAAGUUCCAUGAUUAAAGUGCCCAAUCCUUUUUGCAGCUGUGCUCUUUCAAGAGAAUCAGAGGAGAGGGCUUUUCCAUACUGCUUAAGCAUUUAACAGAAAAUAUGACGAAGGCAGAGCGGGGAAAAAAAUAAGAGGGUUUUCUAAUACUUGAGGGGCAUUAUGGGUCAACAAAAUAAGAGAUGUUAUCUGCUCUCUACUGCUGACAAGAACCAUGCCUAGAACUGCUUUUCAGUGCUGUAAACAUUGCAGUUAAACCGUCAGAUACUGUGCACCCGCAAGCUAAGCUGGCGGAAAGCCAAACAUUUGCCAGUUUUGCUUUGGCUGCAAAAAUUUUCACACAGUUUCAGCAUGCAUCUGUCACUGUUGUACUCAGCCAGCAUCCAUCAUGCAAUACAAUUACGCUUAUAUCGGGCUCUUGCUCACAAAGAAAUAAAGUCAUCAUAAUAGGAUAAUAUUGGAGGAGCAGGGGUUCCUGCUUUGAAAAGCAGUGGCUUGCUGUUGCUUGAGCAUUUCUACUGCACUGAAAUACUAGCUCCCACAGAAACGCCAGAGAAAAAGCCCAACCCCACACAUUCCCACCUUCGUGUGCCUGUUUGAACCACCUAGAUCUGUUAAAAAAAAUCAGUCUGGAAGUCUCAAGGGACCUUAUGCUUUCCUGCUGACAGAUACAGCUGCGAAGCAUAGGAGACACAUGUUGCAAGAAAGUCACUGGGUAGUAAGAGAUCAUCUGCUUUGGUGCGAGCUAUAGAUCAAAAUCAUUACAACACUUAAAAAAAAUAAAUUUUACAUAGUAGUUAAAGUUGUAUAUAACUAACAAGGCUACCUUGAUAAUCUGAAUGUUUUAUUUCAAAUUAAAGGCAAGACUUUCUUUCUCAAGCUCAAAAUUAUCCUCUCUGCCCUAUGCUAUGUACUUUCUGCUUCAUGCAACGGUGUCGUGCUUGGCAGAUGUCGCUGAUGGAGGUUUAACAAGCUGAAGAAGGCAGCAGCUUCCCAUAGUACCAAGUCUGGGUGCCUUGAGAAGUGGCUGCUCACUUCCUUGGCACGGAUGAACUCACCCAACCAUGGCUGGGCUGCAGUGGGAAACACCGGGAGAGCAAGUGCAAGAGGCAAGUGGGACAACGCAAGGAGGAGAGAACGCAAACAAAAGUUCUAAACUUUUCUCCCUGUGUUUUCUCCACAAUGCUGAAACAGCCCUGGUAGCAAAGCGCUCUGUGCCAUGGGCAUGUCUAUAGUAGUUGUGAUUUAGCCCCAGCCAGCAACAAAACACCAUGUGGCUGCUCUCUUUAUCCCCCUCCUCUAGUGGGAUGAAUGGGGAGGAGAAUCAAAAAGAAAGGGUAAAUCUCACAGUUCGGGAUAAAGACAGUUUAGCAGAACAGCAAAAGGAAGAGAAAAAUAACAACAGUAAAACCAGAAGAAUAUAUGAAGUGAAUGAUACACAGCACAACUGCUUAUUACCCAGAAAACCACCACCCACCUCACUCUGAGCAGCAAUUCCGCCCCUGGUCAGCUCCCCCAGUUAAAUACUGGGCAUGAUGUCAUGUGGUGUCGAAUACCCCUUCGACCAGUUUGGGCCAUAGGUCCCAGCUGUGUCCCCUCAGCUUCUUGUGCAUUUCCUGCCUUACUAGGAAAAAAAGUAACUGUCCCAGCUGAAACCAGCGCAGUAUUUUGUAAUGAGGCCACAAAAAGAUCAGUUAUCAGGAAAAUGCCUGGAUUUGGAAGUACCUGCUGCAAGUUAAAUUACAAAAUAUGACAGCUCUGGAAUUAGCCAUCUCCUGAGAAGAAAGCAGACUACCCAAGAGUGAUCCAGGACAGGGCUGGCCCUGGCAGGUAAAUAAUUGGGAUGAACAAACAGCAAGUCAAACCAUCCAGGUAUCCGUUUGCUCAUUCAAAAGUUCACUGAGAAGUGAUUGUGCAUUUGGGUUACAGACACUUCUAUGAGAGGAAACAAAAAAGAAGAAAAAAAAAGAAAGGAUGCAACAUAAUCCAACCUUGCAUUUAAGCUUUAGGAUAUCAAAAAAGAAUUGGUCUGGCUUUUGCCUACCAGACAGCCUUUUAAAUGAAUGGAACUGUGUUCAGUACACUUAAUGAGGACAAAUUCUGGCAGUUUACCCUUAGGUAAAAAAAGGGGAAAAAAGCUUGCACUGUCAGCUUGAUGCACUCUUGAAAGAAAAAUCAAGCUCCCAUCUUAUCUAAACCCAGGGUAAUUUUACACAUUCAUCACUUGACAGUAGUUGAAGCUCAUUGCUUUUCACCGGGAGCUGUGUCUGAUCCGGUCAAGGGGAGAAUCAGGCUGAAAGCAGCUGAAAGAUGAAUCUUCCCUCUAGCAGCCAAGGUCCCAGUUCCAAGCUCACCGGGGCCAGGGCAGGAUGCUUGCAAUGUGCUCCCUUGCCUUGCACCCCAGGACUGAAAGUGGCUAGGAAACAGAAAACUGAGCUGGUGACCUACACCAGCAUGUCACUUUGGGCAGCAGCACCCACCACGCACACCUCUGUUGAGAGCUGAGCCCUCUGGCCAGGCGUUUCCAGCACCCUCGGCACUGUGUGGCCAGAGCUGAGCAGGAUGAAUUCUGUGUGCUCCACGCUGUUUGUAACACACUUGAGAACCCGUGACUCACUGCAGCUACUGCAAAGCCCUGCCAGGAGUUUGGCAGCUGGAGAGAAACAAGAGAAGGAUUACCCAGUAAGGCAGCCAGCUCUGCCCCUCUGCUUCUCCUUCCAACAGGCGUAAAAUGGCUAUUUUCCUCCUUCUUGCCCUAAAGGAGAAAUCCAGGGCAGCGCAAAGCUCCUAAUCCGUACUGACCUAUCCCUAACAGUUGUUCUGGCUAAAUAAGUCACUUGGAUGCUUCUACUA